CACACGCAGCCACAGACUUUACAGUGUUUCAGCUCCAGUGGAUCUAUCUGCCUUAUACAAAUAUUUUUAUUUUUAUUUAGAUUACGUCAAAGCAAAGAAGAAGAUGGAUUUGACUACAGCUCCUUAUGACUACUAUGAAUACGAGGAGACAGAGAACUCCACUAUGUGUGACUAUUCAGAGUGGGCGCCAUCAUACUCUGUCAUCCCGGUGCUCUACAUGCUCAUUUUCAUCCUAGGCCUCUCAGGAAACGGAAUCGUCAUCUUCACUGUGUGGAGGGCUCAAGGCAAGCGUCGAGCCGCUGACAUCUACAUCGGCAACCUGGCCCUGGCUGACCUCACCUUCGUAGUCACUCUGCCCCUCUGGGCUGUUUAUACUGCCAUGGGCUACCACUGGCCCUUCGGAGUGGCCCUAUGUAAGAUCAGCAGCUACGUGGUGCUUCUCAACAUGUAUGCCAGCGUCUUCUGCCUCACCUGCAUGAGUUUUGACCGGUACCUGGCCAUCGUCCACUCCCUGUCCAGCUCCCAGCUGCGCACCCGUGGACACAUUCGAGCGUCUCUUGCAGUCAUCUGGGCACUGUCUGGUCUCUUGGCUGCCCCUACUCUUCUCUUUCGCACAAUCAGGUAUGACCAGCAAAGCAACCGAACAUCUUGUGCUAUGGACUUCAGCCUGGUUUUGACCCAUAAGGAGGAGGAGAACCUGUGGAUCGCCGGUCUCAGCAUCUCCUCAUCGGCUCUGGGUUUUCUCCUUCCAUUCCUUGCAAUGAUGGUCUGCUACUGCUUCAUCGGCUACACAGUCACACGCCACUUCAACACCUUGCGCAAGGAGGAUCAGCGUAAAAGAAGGCUGCUGAAGAUCAUCACCACCCUGGUGGUGGUGUUUGCUGUCUGCUGGCUGCCAUUCCACCUCGUGAAGACUGCUGAUGCCCUGUCGUACGUGGACCUGUUCCCCACCACCUGCGACUUCCUGCGCUUCCUGUUGCUGGCUCACCCCUACGCUACCUGCCUGGCUUACCUGAACAGUUGUCUUAACCCCUUCCUUUAUGCCUUUUUUGACCUGCGUUUCAGAUCUCAGUGCCUGUGCCUCCUCAACCUGAAGAAAUUCCUGCAUGCCAGUCCAAACAGCUCCCUUUCCUCACAGAAGACAGAGGCUCAGUCUCUGGCCACAAAGGUGUGACCACAGUGGGGGAAGAGGCAAACAAUGCAGAAAAGGGCAGGUUGAAAGACAAAACUUUGCAGCAUCAUCUGCAAUAAGUUUCAGGGUGUCACCUUUGCCCGGCUGCCCCAAUCUCCCCCCCCCACCCCUUGGCCUCUGACUGUGUGGACUGACGAGGACUGAAUGUUGUUGAUGUGUGUGUGGGGGGGUUGGGGGUGGGGGGUGGGGUGGGGGGUGUUGAAUCACACUGAAACUCCAGACUCUUUAAGUGGCAGUGAAACAAAACAAUAAUGGAAAAUGCCUGAAACUCUGUUGAAGAAAUAUUGACUGGAUGCUCAUGAAAUCCUCAUGGUUCUUGUGUGGACUUUUUGAACUGGACAAGCUAUGCAUUCACCGCUGAUGUUCUUCUUGUCAUUAGUGAACACUUGAGGAGUGAUCAGCCGGUGCUACAGUAUCUUCCCCACGGAUGGCAGCGCUACGUCUCCUUCUGUAGGAAGGAUGUGCCAGUCGGCAAAGAAGGUGUUGGAGUCAGAUAAGAUGUUGUAAAUUGUAAAUUUGUGCGUGUGUGUGUGUGGGUGUGUGUGUGUGUGUGUGUGUGUGUGUGUGUGUGUGUGUGUGUGUGUGUGUGAG